AACUGCUCUGCGUACAAGCCCAAAGCCACUUCCAAUUUAGGGGACAAGGAGCAUAUUGAAACUCCCAUUACCCAAGUCCCGCCUUCCAGUCCCCUACUAGGCAGGGGCUCCACUCUGACCACAUUCUCAGGCCCUCACUGGAGGGUUAUAGGCGGGGCUUCACUCCUGACCACGCCCCCAUCCCUGGGGGAGUCUAGACAGGCUCCACUCCUGACAAGCCCCCAGCCCCUCUAGGGACUCUAGGGGGUGGGGCUCCACCCUGACCACGCCCCCCGCACAUCCCUGGGGACUCUAGGGGUAGGUAAGUUGUGACGCUGAGGUUUACUCCCGGCCUUGUCUUGGGCCGUGGAUUAGACCCCGGUUUCUACCCCUGCACCGUGGAAAGGAACACUCCCAGCAACUCUUAAUCCUGUUUUACGUUUGUCUAUAGAAAAGCAAUGGUGCCUGGGGAGUGACUUAGCACUAUUUGCCUGGCUUGCCAAGGCUCUGGGUUCCAUACCCAGAACCCCAAACUGAAAACAAUGAGCUAUUUUCCUGCUACUCGCCAGUGUGUUGAGCACAACAGGCCAUCCAUUUGGGUAGCAAAAUGUCACUUCAGUUUCUCAUGAACUGAAUCAUGACACUGGUUGGCUUGCAAACCCAUGGAUAAUUUUUCUUUGGACUUGGAGACAGUCUCGUAGCCUCGAACUCCUGCCCCUCCAUCUCCUGCGCAUUGGGACUACAGCCGUGUACCACCAGGCCCCGGGUUUUAUUUUUUAAUGAAGUUCCAGUCUGCAGCCCAGCUUGGCUUCAGACUUUCAGCUGUGUCCCCACCUCAAGUCCAAACAGCUGGGGAGCUGAGGUGAUAAGCCUGUGCCACCAUGUCCAACCAGCCCUCGACUCGAUUUGGCCGGGCUAUCCCAUGUAGUCAAGAGUGGGACAGCUGUGCGCCCCAAGUCUCCAGUCAGGCUUGAAGCCGCCGUGGACUCACAGCGCCUGCCCUUCUAGGCUGGCUAAUGUGCUUGACAUAGAAAGAGUUACAGCUGGGCGCCUCCCAGUCCCCAGAGCCAUACUGCCUAGCAACAGCUGUGCCAGGCAGGACGCACAGACCUCCCUGGAGCUCCACAGGCAAGACUUAGGGACACAGGCAAGCCAGCUGUUCAUUUGCACUCACAAUGGACACCGUGAACGCCACCAUGGAGAGGCUGAGGGCUCAGUGUCUGACCCGAGGGGCCUUGGGCAUCCAGGGCCUGGCCAGGUUUUUCCGCCGCCUGGACAAGGAUGACAGCCGCUCCCUGGAUGCAGGGGAGCUGAGGCAGGGCCUGGGACAGCUGGGGCUGGAGGUGGGGGAGGCCGAGGCGGAGGUGCUGUGCAAGCGCUGGGACCGUGAUGGCAGCGGGACGCUGGACCUGGAGGAGUUCCUGCGGGCACUACGGCCCCCCAUGUCCCAAGCCCGGGAAGCUAUCGUCGCAGCUGCCUUUGCCAAGCUGGACCGCACUGGCGAUGGUGUGGUGACUGUGGAUGACGUGCGAGGCGUAUACAGUGGCCGGGCUCACCCCAAGGUGCGCAGCGGAGAGUGGACGGAGGAUGAAGCCCUCCACCAAUUCCUCGACAACUUUGACACACUGGAGAAGGAUGGGCAGGUCACACUAGCUGAGUUCCAAGACUACUACAGCGGACUCAGCGCUUCGAUGGACACAGACUCAGAGUUCGUGGCCAUGGUGAGCAGUGCCUGGCGCCUCUGACAUGACGGCCCUCACCUGCCUGGCAGCUGCCCUUAGCCUAGUUCCCUGACCCACCGGCUACCCUGUUACCACUGUCCGGGGCCCCAACUAGACACAGGGAGGGGAAUGUGUGAGAAGGGAGGCUGAAGAACCGGCUGGACCAGGUCUCCUGCAGGGGCACCCGCAGGCCUGGAUUCACCACUGACCCCAGCAGGGGCCCCCAUGGCCACACCCAGCUCAUCUGGCUGCCAGGUGCACAGAAGGCCAGGGUUUUAGUUAAAAGUUUUAAUGCAGUUCUCAAAUACAUUUCAUAUGACAAUCUUACAUAAAUGUUC